CCCCGGGAAGGGCCUGCAGACCCCGCGGACCCACCGAGCCACUCGGACUUCAGGACGCUCCGGGAGGCGAAGGCCGCUCUAGAACGAGCAAGACCGAGCCGCCCGCGCCCCGUGCCUUUCAUCCCGACUAAUUCGGCGGCAGCGACGCUCGUUCCGGGACGCUGGCUUCGGAGAGCUCGUUACAGCCGCGCUCGCAACAUCCCUGACACGCGUGUCACAAGCUGCUAGGAUCAAGAACCGAGUCAGUUUUGCUCUCGGGGCUCUUGGGGCCACCAGCCAAGGUAAGUCCUCUCCACGGUCACCACGACGGCGGCGACGAUGAACGAGGUCAAAGAAAGCCUGCGGAACGUGGAGCAGAGGUACAAGCUCUUCCAGCAGCAGCAGUUCACCUUCAUCGGUGCCCUGGAGCACUGCCGCGAGGACGCCCACGACAAGAUCCGGCCCAUCUCCAGCAUCGGACAGGUGCAGGACUACAUGGACCACCACUGCCACAGCUCCACCAGCCGGCGCAUCCUGCGCAUGUUCCUGGACAUCUGCGCGGAGCUGAGCAGGCUCUGCCAGCACUUCGAGGCCCUGCACACUGGCACCCCCGUCACCAACAACAUCCUCGAGAAGUGCAAGACCCUCGUCAGCCAGAGCAACGAUUUAAGCAACCUUCGAGCCAAAUACCCUCACGACGUGGUCAACCACCUCAGCUGUGACGAGGCCAAGAACCACUACGGGGGCGUGGUCAGCCUCAUCCCGCUGGUCCUCGACUUGAUGAAGGAAUGGAUCGCCCACUCGGAGAAGCUGCCCCGCAAGGUGCUGCAGCAUGUGAGUGUGCCCCAGGCGUGCCAGGAGGCCACUGGGGCCGCCGCUGGUCCUCACCAGAGCUCAGGUGCCCAGCCUUGGCUCACAAAGCCAAAGAGUAGGCACCUCACCAAAGACGGCCGCUCGCCCAGGGGGAAGGACCAAGCACGUUCCAAACCUCCCUGGAGACCAGCUGGUGGGAAACUCUGACCCAGCCGAGACCUGCUCCUGCGUGGGGUGCUUUGUCGCUAGCUUGCUUUCCGCUGGUUGAUUCCCUUUCGGGGGCACCCACAGUCCCGGCCACCGACUAAGCCCAGGCAGUGACGAGAACCUCCCAUCCUUGCUUAGCCACUCACCUUUCCUCUGAGCGGCGGGCUCUGUGCCCCUGAAGAGGACCCCCAGUGUGUUGGUAGAGGGUGUCCAGGCAGGCCGGGUCCCAUGACUCCUCCGUGCACCCACUCCCACACCCAGGCCCAGCUGCCAUCAGCUGGGCUUCCAGGUGGAGGCACCGGGACCGGCUCUCUGCAGACAGGGCUGCUCCCGCCUCCCCGGGGCACGCGGGGGCUGCCCAUGGUCUUCCUCAGUGCGGUUAGGUGUCCGAGCCCCUCCCCCUGCUGUCCACGGAGCGGGGAUGCGGAGGAGCCGGCAGCCUCUGAUGACGUACAAGGACAAUGGCCUGGUUUCCAGAGCAGCCACAGCCCAGAUGUCGGCUGACGUGCCACGGGCCUCGGAGCUGGCCGGGGGUCCUGUCUGACUGUUGCUUUUUCCCU